AUGUGGCUGCUGAGCACACAGACGGGGAGGUUGCACUACUACUCGUCCGUCAAUGACGCUCCCAAGUACGCCAUCCUCUCGCAUGUCUGGCGUGUGCGAGCGGACGGCGGCGAAGACACCUUCCAAGACAUCCAGCAGUACACCACACAGUGCGACGCGCGCCAGAGAUGGGGGCAGCACCCUCGCGAUCUCGUCUCCCACAAGAUCGGGCGGUUCUUGCAAGGAGCAGAAGACGCCAACUUCGACUUCGCCUGGGCCGACACUGCUGCAUCGACAAGACGAGCAGUGCGGAACGUCCCACCCGGAGACAUCAACGACAAGAACGGCGCCACCCGCAAAGCGUUCAAGACGAGCAAAUGGUUCACGCGAGGCUGGACGCUCCAGGAAAUUAUCGCCCCCCAGGUCGUCAUUUUCGUGGCGAGCGACUGGUCUCGACUCGGGACGAAGCACGAGCUGGCAUCCCUGGUACAGGACAUCACACACGUCCCUGCAUCCGUCCUGCGUUUCGAGAUGGACGUCGCUGACAUGAGCGUCGCGGAGCGCUUGUCCUGGGCGUCGCGGCGUGAGACCACGCGCAAAGAGGACGAGGCAUACUCCCUUUUCGGACUCUUCGGGCUCAGCUUACCUACGCUCUACGGGGAAGGAAGCAACGCGCUUCACCGUCUCAGGAAGAGAUCAUGA